CAGCUCAGCUCCAUCGUCACACUCUCCUCACCCACUUCACUACUACGCCCCCCACACUCCAAAACCAAAACCUCACUCAAACUUCAAACUUCGAAUUCCCCCGCUCCCACGAACGAGCCGAGGUCGUUCAUGGAGAGCUACGUGCGGAAGCGGUCGUGGAAGAAGGGGCCGACGAGGGGGAAGGGCGGGCCGCAGAACGCGGCGUGCGAGUACCGGGGCGUGCGCCAGCGGACGUGGGGCAAGUGGGUGGCGGAGAUCCGCGAGCCCAACAAGCGCGCGCGCAUCUGGCUCGGCUCCUUCGCCACCGCCGAGGAGGCCGCGCUCGCCUACGACGAGGCCGCGCGCAGGCUCUACGGGCCCGACGCCUUCCUCAACCUGCCCCACCUCCGCGCCGCCGCCGGCGCCACCGCGCAGCAGCGCAUGAUCAGGUGGCUCCCGGCCGCGGCCACCGGGGUCGCCUCCGGCGGCGCCAGGGGCCAUGCCGCCGUGCCCGCCUACGGCCUCCUCAACCUCAACGCGCAGCACAACGUGCACGUCAUCCACCAGAGGCUGCAGGAGCUCAAGAGCUCCUCCUCCUCGCCGGCCAAGCCGCAGCAGCAGUCCAGGAGGACCCCUCCCCCGCCCCCGCCUCCUCCGGCGGCCUCGUCCCCUUCCUCCACGGUGACCACCGGCGCCAUGCCGCCCUCCUCGUCGUGCUUCCAGUCCCAGCUGGAGCACGCCAUGGCGAUGACCGCCGCGGCCGAGAGCGCGCCGCCGAGCGACGGCUUCGGUGGCGGCAGGCCCCAGCUCGAUCUCAAGGAGUUCCUGCAGCAGAUCGGCGUGCUCGGGGAGGACGACGGCAGCGCGGCCGGCAAGCAUCAUGGGCCUCAGGGCGUCGGCGAGGACGAUGGCGAGGUGGCGGACGCGUUUGGGUUCGGGGGCGGCAACAGCAAUGCCGCAGAGUUCGACUGGGACGCGCUGGCGGCCGACAUGAGCGACAUCGCGUCGGGAGGCCACGGCGGCGGCGGCGCGCUGGGCGUGAACGGAGCGUUCCACAUGGACGAUCUCGACCAGUUCGGCUGCGUGCCCAUCCCCGUAUGGGACAUCUGAGAUCUUAUAUUCUUAGGCUCUUAAUUAGCCCAUGCAUAAGCUUUGCUUAGCUGAUUUACUACCUUCGAUCUCUGAUGGAUUGUCUACGAGGUUUAGCUUCCAGGUUCUUCAUGUAGUUUGGCAUGAAGUUUUAGAUCUGUUUCAUCUGAAGAAUCAUGUAAUAGCAUAAGCACAAUAAACUUGGCGCGCAUGAGCUAUUGCCACAA